GCGCUCGAGUGCUCAUUCAAUAAUAAACUGCGACAAAGAGGAAGAAGCACUUCUGGGUAUACGUGGUUAGCUAAAAACAGCACACGGAACUCUGCAAAAAACAAAUUUUUAAGCGGAUUUACCUACAAAAGACGACAACAUGGGGAAGCGGCAGCACCAAAAGGACAAAAUGUACAUUACGUGUACAGAGUACACCAAUUUCUAUGGAGGCAAACGGGCGGAAAUCCCGCAGUCCAACUUCAGACGGCUUCCGUUCGACCACUGCAGCUUGUCCCUUCAGCCAUUUUCUUAUCCUGUGUGCACUUCGGAAGGCAUCGUCUUUGACCUGCUGAGCAUUAUUCCAUGGAUCAAGAAGUAUGGGACUAAUCCCAUAUCUGGAGAGAAACUGGAAGUCAAGUCACUUGUCAAACUCAACUUCUCCAAAAACAACGAUGGCAAAUACCACUGUCCCGUUCUCUACUCAGUCUUCACAAACAAUUCUCACAUUGUCGCCAAUAAGGUUACCGGCAACGUUUUCUCCAAUGAGGCAGUAGAGCAGCUCAACAUCAAGACUAAAAGUUUCAAAGAUCUGCUGACGGAUGAACCAUUUACAAGAAAAGACAUUAUCACACUUCAGGAUCCAACAAACCUGGACAAGUUCAACGUCGCCAAUUUUUUCCACGUGAAAAAUGACCUCAAAGUGCUGGAUCCAGAGGAAGAGAAGGCCAAGCAGGACCCAUCGUACCACCUCAACACCACCAACCUGGAGACCCGGGAGACCCUGGCAGAGCUGUACAAGGACUACAAGGGGGACCAGCUGCUUGCUGCCACGAUGAAGGAGCCUGAGGCCAAGAAGACGGACAAAAUCAACAAGGCUCACUACUCUACGGGCAGGGUCGCCGCCUCUUUCACGUCAACAGCCAUGACGCCGGCCACCACUAACCAAGCAGACGCCAUCGCCGACGACACGGUGCGCUACAGCUAUGUUAAAAAGAAAGGCUAUGUCCGCCUGCACACCAACAAAGGAGACCUCAACGUGGAACUACACUGUGACAAGAUUCCCAAAGCAGGGGAAAACUUCAUCGGCCUGUGCAAAAAAGGCUAUUAUGAUGGCACAGUCUUCCACAGAUCCAUCCGGAAUUUCAUGAUACAAGGAGGCGACCCAACCGGCACGGGCACAGGUGGAGAAUCCUUCUGGGGCAAACCUUUCAAGGACGAGUUCAGACCCAACUUAUCCCACACGGGCCGAGGGAUUCUAAGCAUGGCCAAUUCGGGUCCAAACACCAACAAGUCUCAGUUCUUCAUCACAUUCCGCUCCUGCACUUACCUGGACAGGAAACACACGGUGUUUGGAAGGGUUGUUGGCGGCUUCGAAACGUUGACGGCCAUGGAGAACGUUGAGAGUGACGCCAAAACGGACAAACCAAAGUCGGAAAUCAAGAUCAUAAGCGCAACGGUGUUCGUGGACCCGUACGAAGAGGCUGACGCGGAGAUCGCGGCAGAGCGGGAGAAAGAAGAGAAGAAGAAAACAGAAGAGGAGGAGCGGCGGCAAGCCUGUGCCUCCUUGAGGAAGGCUAAGGAUGAGCAGACACCCAAGGCAUUCAAGCAAGGCGUCGGAAAAUAUAUAAAUCCCACUGCAACGAAACGCCCAACCACAGAAGAAGAAAGCGGACCUUCUACCAGCAGUGCCGCCAAAAAACCAAAAGGAAAGUCCACGUUAGGAGAUUUUAGCUCCUGGUAGCGGUGAUGUCGUCAACCUAACCUCAAUUCUAUUUUUAUUUUCUUUAUUUUUACUACUUUAACAGCCUUGUCGAUAAAUAAUAAAUACACUUUUCCUUUUGUGACCAUGCGGCACUUUAUUCGGUACAUCCAAUAUGGAAAUGAAGUGCAUGAAAAAGGCUUUCAACAGCACUUUAAAGCUGAUGGCUUUUUUAUAAUCUAAUAGACCUCAUUAAGUUGAGAAUAUUGAACAGGUUUGCACUUCUGUUGUCAUUGAAAUGUUCCUUCAAAGAAAGCAAUACCAAUACGAACAGCAUGCGUGGGAAAGCAGCUGGCUGCCAUUUGUUGCUUUUAAAAGAGUGACCUGAAAGAAGCAUCUUCUCUUUAAAUCAAAGCAUUAACAGCAAAUUGCUCAAAUUUGUUUUACUAAUACAUCACUGCAAAUUGCAGUGUAUUUUUUAAAACUAAUUUUCAAAAUAGAUGAAUAAAUUAGUUCGUAUGCACGUGUGCAAUUAGUUAAAUGCAUGAAUUAUGAUAUACAGUGAGAAAAACAAGUACAGUGGUACCUCGACAUAUGUUCGCUUCGACACACGAUCUUUUCAAAAUUUGACUCGUCAUUUGUUUCUAAAUCCGACGCCAUGCUCGAAAUACGAUGAUUUAUGACAGCGCCGCAGUUUUCCCACAAGACGGAUGCACAGCAGAUUUUCUUGUGAGAGAAAUCAACAUGGGUUCCAAGAAUGUUAGUGCAAGUGGUGAAAUAAGGAAAAGGGUGAGGCUUGCCAUUGAAAUGAAGAUGGAAAUGAUAGAAAAAUAUGAGCACUGUGUCCGUGAACUGGCUCGACAUUACGGCCGUAGAAUGUCUACGAUCUCAAUGGUCCUCCUCGAACCUCCGUUCGCUAGUCUUUAUAAGGUAAGGUGACAAUUAUUAUUGUAACAUCGCCAAAGAAAUCGCCAGCUUCAAACAGAUUUUUAAUCAUUUAUUUCAUGCCUUGUGCAUACAACAUUACUGUCCGCCGCAGCGGACACCGUCGACAGAACAUGAAAAGUGAAAGUAAAAAAUCCUCUCUCCCUCUGUCAAGUCAGCCACGCAGGUUCAGGUACACCACACAAAACGCGUCCGCCACAUUAAAACCAGAUUCGUUACAUUAUUACAGGAAUUAUUAUUACUAUUCCGAUUUUUAUUCAAAAUUUUUGUUUUGCUCUGUGUAAUUGCUAUUUGCAAUAGUACCAGCAGUAUUUAUUCAGGAUUUAGUAUAGGUUUUUGGGCUGUGGAACGAAUUAAUGGAAUUAUAAUGUAUUCUUAUGGAAAAAUACUGCUUGACAUACGACCAUUUCGACUUAAAGUCCUGGAACGAAUUAACUUCGUAUGUAGAGGUGCCACUGUAUUUGAACACCCUGCGAUUUAGCAAGUGCUCCCACUUAAAAAUGAUGGGCAGGUUUGAAAUUUUCAUGGUAGGCGCUUGUGAGAGACGAUAAUUACUAUUUUUUUUUUUUUUUUUAAAUCUCAGUGUAUGAUUUUUUAAACAAUUUAUUUGUAUUGUACUACUGCAAAUAAGUAAACACCUGAGAAAAUUUAUGUCAAUAUUUGGUACAGUAGCCUUUGUUCACAAUUACAGGGGUCAAACGUUACCUGUAACUUUUCACCAGGUUUGCACAGACUGCAGCAGGGAUUUUGCACCACUACUUCCCACAGAUCUUCUCUAGAUCAAUCAGGUUUCCGGACUGUCACUGAGAAACACGGGCUUUGAGCUUCCUCAAAAGAUUUUCUAUUGACCUUAGGUCUGGAGACUGGCUAGGCCCCUCCAGAACCUUGAUAUGCUUUUUACGAAGCCACUCCUUGGUUAUUCCGGCUGCCUGCUUCGGGCCAUUGUCAUCUUUGAAGACUAUGUCAUGACCUAUUUUGAAUGCUCUAACUGAGGGAAGGAGGUUAUUCCCCAAAUUCUCUCAAUACAUAGCCAUGGUCAUAAUCUUAAGUCUUAAUGCAAUGCAGUGCAGUUGUCCAGUCCCAUUUGCAGAAAAACACCCCCAAAGCAUGAUGCUACCACCCCCAUGCUUCCCAGUAGGGGAUGGUUUUCCUGGGAUGGUAUUCAUUAUUCCUCCACACUUUGAGUUCCAUUUUUAUCUCCAUAUGACCACAUAAACCAUGACGUCUUGGUGUAUUACCAACAGUAACCUUGUAAAUGGUGGUCCCAGCUCCUUUCAGGUCAUUAACCAGCUUCUCCCGUGUAGUUCUUGGCUAAUUCCUCACCAUUCUUAGGAUCAUUGAGAACCUAUGAGGUUGAUCUUGCAUGGAGCCCCAGUCUGAGGGGGGAUUGACAGUCAUGUUUAGCCUCUUCCAUUUUCUAAUAAUUGCUCCAACGGUGAAUCUUACAUCACCAAGCUGCUUGGCAAUUACCCUGUAACUCUUUACGGCUUUGUAGAGGUCUAUAAUUCUGUCUCUGGUGUCUUUGGGCGGCUAUUUGGGGUGGACAGGUGUUUAUAUGCAACUAACCACCUCAAACAGGUCAAAAAGAUACUCAAAAAGUCCACCGCCACUUCAUUUAUUUAGGAGAAUAAGUGGAGUGGAGGUGGACUUUUUAAAGGUGACUAACAGGUCCUUGAAUCUCACAAUUCUAGCUAAUAGAGAGGUUUUCAAAUAUUUGUUUUCAGCAGUACGUUACAAAUAAAUGUUAAAAAAAUCAUACACUGUGAUUUAAAAAAAAAAAAAAAAAAUUAAGAUUGUCUCUCACAGUGGACAAGCACCUACCAUAAAAACUUCAGACCCGCCCAUCAUUUCUAAGUGGAAGAACUUGCUAAAUUGCUGGGAGAACUUACUAUAUCGCAGGGUGUUCAAAUGCUUAUUUUCCUCACUGUAUAUAUCCUGGUCCUUCUAAAAAAAAUUGCAUAUUGUGAUAAAGUUCAUUAUUUUCUGUAAUGUACUGGUAAACAUUAGACCUUCAUAUAGGCCUGAACAAUAUUGGAAAAAACUAUUGCUGCAAUUUUUUUGGGGUUUGCGAUAUUAUAUUGCGAUAUUAAAUUUUUAUUUAUUUUUUAAAGAAAUUUUCACUAAAUGACUUGAAUAGCUGUUUGGAAAGACUUUGGAUGACUCACAAUGACCAGUGUACAGUGAUCCCUCGUUUUUCGCGGUUAAUGGGGACCAGAACCUGCCGCGAUAAGUAAACAACCGCGAAGUUGCGCACCCCAAAUUUUUAUUUUUUUGUGUGUGCUCAAUGUAUUUAUUCAGACUUAGCAUUGGAAAGAGAUACAUAUAAGGCAUGUUUUCUCACUUUUUCCCCAAAGUAUGAUUUUUAAAUAUAUGUAUGUGUAUGUAUAUAUAUAUAUAUAUGGUUUUAAGCACUUCAAAUGUAAUAAUUAUGAUCAGUUUUAAACAUAACUGUCCAACCAAAUCAUUUUUGAACAAGAAUAAAGUACUG